AUGGCUCCCUCCAAGUCUGCCCUCGAGUUCCUCGACUUUGUCAAUGCCUCGCCGACGCCCUACCACGCCGUCGCCGAAGCCGCCGCCCUUCUCGAUGCCGCAGGCUUCACCAAGAUCCAGGAGCGCGACAACUGGGCCUCGAUCGUCAAGCCCGGCGGCAAGUACUACACGACUCGUAAUAGCUCCUCGGUCGUGGCCUUUGCCGUCGGCGCGCAGUGGAAGUCGGGCAACCCAAUUGCCAUGGUUGGCGCCCACACAGAUUCUCCGUGCCUUCGUAUCAAGCCCAACAGCAAGCGCACCGCGAACGGUUACUUACAAGUUGGUGUCGAAACAUAUGGCGGCGGUAUCUGGCACAGCUGGUUCGAUCGUGACCUGAGCGUGGCGGGUCGUGUCCUGGUGCGCGAGGGCGAUGGUGAGGGCAAGUUCGUGCAGAAGCUGGUCAAGGUCGACAAGCCGAUCCUGAGGAUCCCGACUCUGGCCAUCCACUUGCACCGGCAGACCAACUUCGACCCCAAUAAGGAAGACGAGAUGCUGCCCAUCGCCGGCCUGGCCGCGGCGGAGCUGAACAAGACGGCCGAAGCCGAGACGGGAUCGGAGGGCGACUUCCAGCCCCUGGCGGCGAUGCCCGAGCGCCACCACCCGGCCUUCCUGUCCCUCGUGGCCGAACACGCCGGUGUCAACGUCUCCCAGAUCGUCGACUUCGAGCUCAUCCUCUACGACACCCAGAAGUCAUGCCUCGGCGGGCUCAACGACGAGUUCAUCCUCUCGGCCCGCCUCGACAACCUCAACAUGACCUUCUGCAGCGUCAAGGGCAUCAUCUCCUCUGUCGAAUCAACUCCCCUCGACAAGGACACCACCAUCCGCCUCGUCGCCUGCUUCGACCACGAGGAGAUCGGCUCCCUCUCGGCCCACGGCGCCGACUCCAACCUCCUCCCGGCCAUCCUCCGCCGCCUGUCCGUCCUUCCCGGCAACGACACCACCACCACCGCCUCAGACCUCGCCGCAUCCACGGCCUUCGAACAGACCUGCGCAGCCUCUUUCCUCCUCUCCGCCGACAUGGCGCACGCCGUGCACCCCAACUACGCGGCCAAAUACGAGCGGCAGCACACGCCCGCCAUCAACGCGGGCCCCGUCAUCAAGAUCAACGCCAACCAGCGCUACGCCACCAACUCGCCCGGCAUCGUGCUCGUCCAGGAGGUCGCCCGCGCCGCCCGCGUGCCCCUGCAGCUCUUCGUGGUCAAGAACGACUCCCCCUGCGGCAGCACCAUCGGGCCCAUGCUGUCGGCCAAGCUGGGCCUGCGCACCCUGGAUAUGGGCAACCCCCAGCUGAGCAUGCAUAGUAUUCGGGAGAUGGGCGGCGCGGGCGAUGUGGAGAGCGCGGUGCGCUUGUUUGCGGCGUUUUUGGGCCGGUUUGGGGAGCUGGAGGGGCGGAUUUUGGUGGAUUGA